AUGAUGAUCGAAGAGAUGAGCCCAAUGGCAGACGAGAUUUCUCAGCGUUGCGCUCUUCCCACAGCAGACAUGACCGAGGACCGACGGCUACCUCCGCUCCCACGCGUAGAGCCCCUGCCCCGGGGACCAUUCAAUCUGUUCACACCAAAAAUAUUUGCCCCUAGUCCACCAAGCACACAGGAGUCGUUUCCCAUCAAGUCCCCAUGGCCACCGGCGGAGCAUCUGGUGACACCUCCGUCUCCCGCAAACUCUGCAGAUUCCUGGCCGGAUCCGCUGCCAUCGCAGAAAGUAUUCGAAUGGCCCCAAGAGCUUUCCGCUAACGAUCUCCUGAAACUGAUUGCUCCAAAACAUAUCAGCCGCAAGCCCCCACUCCAACAGCUGUGCGGCCGGAAGCGCAAGGGUAGCAUGAUCUCUGCGGAUUCCGACGACCAGAGAGAAAAGCAUCGCAUUGCAGAGGGGAACCGACGGAAAAAUCUCAGUCAGCUGCAUCGGGAGCUUGACAGCCGAAUUCACGACUUCUUUCUUGAACGAGCUGGGUGGAACCCCUCGAAGAGCCUACCGGAGUCCAAGGAACACAUUGUGCAGGGCGCAAUCUUCCUUAUUGACUUCAUGUUACUUGUAAUUGUCCACCUAAUUCGCCAGGAGAAUGAGAUGCCUCGCCAGUUAUCUGAGAAGCUUCAGCCGCAGAUCCGCUGCAUGCAGCUGCAACAGCUGGUCUCCAGUCUCCAGCAGCAAAACCAGAUGGCCCAGCAGCAGAUUAAGACUUUAAAGCAAGAGAACCAGAUGCUCGAGGAGCGCAACCAAGCCCUCGAGUAUCAGCUGAAGUCUUAUGAGCACAUGUUUCGCUCCCCAAAGAGCGAGCAGCCAAGCCCUCAGCAGAUUGUUUCCCUUCCAGACAAUAAGCCAAAGAACAUGCUGCCUGGGCUACGCGUCUUCUGUGACGAGAUCGCCGCUGGCAGCCCAGACUCAUCGCGGCUAGAUGCAUUAUCCACGGGGAAUUCACAGAGCUUCGGGCAGACAUUCCUCAGUCAAACCCCUCCAAUGACGGGCCCGUCUUCUCCUAUCUUCCCACAGGCCACCUACCCGGCGACUACUUCACGACCUCCAUCUUUCAUCCAAUCACCAUAA